UGUGUGUGUGUGUGUGUGUGUGUGUGUGUGUGUGUGUGUGAGCACGCUCUGCGCCUGAACUUUUUUUUGCGGAACUCUGUAAUUCGCAGCAGAUGACCACUUGGGGGGAUGGAGGCUUUACUGGGGAGAGUAACACGUGGAUUAUGGACGCGUCGAUCUCCAGCGUGAGAGACGAGAGGGGCGACUGCACCUGAACUACACAAAGCGAAUGCCGCAUCAGUUUCUGGCUGUGCUAGCCGCGCUGUGGGGAUGGAUACCGGCAAUUUCCUGGCGGGGAUAUGCUUUUUCCUGCUGUCUCUCAAUGGGUUUAUCUCUUCCUCACCGGCGACAAGCUUUUGUCCCGACCGCUGUGACUGUCAGCACCCGCAGCACCUCAUGUGCACCAACCGAGGGUUGCGCACUGUGCCCAAACCCGCAGCGCGGGUGCCCGAGGAGGCGCUGAUCUUCAGCCUUGGGGGUAACUUCAUUGGUAACAUAUCUGCCUUCGACUUCACACGGUACAGUAACCUCGUGAGGUUGAAUUUACAGUACAAUCAAAUCCAAACCAUUCACCCAAAAUCAUUUGAGAAGCUCUCCAAGUUGGAAGAGCUGUACUUGGGACAUAAUCUUUUAUCAAAUAUACCCGCUGGGACUUUACAGCCCCUGAAGAAAUUAACUAUUCUCUAUGGAAAUAACAACGACAUUCAGAAAAUCACACCGGAGCUCUUUGCCAACUUGGAUAAUCUUGUUAAAUUGCGUUUGGACGGCAACUCAAUAGAAGUUCUGCAGGACUCUGUUUUUAAAAGUUUGACCAGUCUACAUUAUCUCCAUCUGGAAUCCAACAAACUGCAGCAUAUUCACAGAAACGCUUUCUCUAAACUCACCAACCUGCGAUUUCUAAACCUGGCCCACAACAAGCAGUCAGCCGUGCGCAGUGCCCUCACUUUUUCCCAACUCAAAGCUUUGACAACUUUGCUGAUGUCUGAAAAUGAAAUCCAGUACGUCGGAAACCACGUCUUCCAAAAUUUGAAAAAGCUGUCUAAACUGGCCCUCAGCAACAACAAAAUCUCUCGCCUGGACAGCGGGGCUCUGAAGGGGCUGUCGAGCCUAAGAGAGCUUCUGAUUGACGGCAACGAGCUGGAGGAAAUCCCCGCCGGUCUCCUCGACUCCCUGCAGCGCAUCGAGGAGCUGGACUUCAGUCGCAACCGGAUUUCCAACGUGGACUCUUUAGCUUUUUCGCAACUUAAACACCUGAGGGUGCUGAAGCUGAAGAACAACAUGCUCACUAGCCUGUCUGGGGACAUUUUUGCCCUCAACAACGUGCUUUACGACUUGGAUCUCCAUGGCAACAACUGGACGUGCGACUGUCGCCUGCAGCAGCUGAAAAGAUGGAUGACUGCUGCGCAUUCUCAGGGCAAACUGUUGUCUGUUUUUGUCCAGUGUCAUCACCCAGCAACUCUGAGGGGGAAAUAUCUGGACUAUGUGAACAGCUCCCAGCUGCAGCCCCUCGGGAACUGGACCCACUUGUGUAGGAGCCAAGCUGGGCCUGAAGAGAGCAGGGGAGGGAGUGUGUUGGUAAAGGUGGAGAGAAAAGAGAUAGGAACCUCAGACGUGAUAAAGCAGGAGGAGAGAGGUGAAGAAGACCAAGUGGAGGAGACAGAAGGUAUAGAUUUGAGACAGGGAGUCAGGGAUUUGGUGACAAUGAGGAAAGAGGGAGAGAAAAGGAAGAGGGAGGGACAGGAGACGGUAGGAAUCCAGGGAGACCAAGAGGGUCCAGAGGUGGCAGAACCCUCUUUUUCAGUGGAAAGAAAGAAACCAAAGAAAGAGUCACUCAGCCCAAGGUCACGACCUGCUGCAGAGGCAGCUGGGAAACGUGCCAAAGGGAGACAAAGGUCAAAUGUCAUUUCUAGAACCGAUCCACCAGCUAUUUCCACACCAAGCCAUGCUGGAAACCAGGACAGGAACACCACUGAUCCGAACACAGGGCUCACCACCACCAUCGCUCCAGUCCAGUUGGGAGAAAAAUUUGAUCUUCUGAGGUCAGAUCAGGAGGAGGCUCUACCUGUAAUCACAGAUCCUUGUGUGUUCAACCGCCAUUUCAUCACUAAUGUUUCAGUGGAUCAAGUGACAUCUAGUGCUGUAACUGUCUACUGGACCACCAGGGAUCAUCACCUCUACACACCAGGACCUGGACCAGACCUAGAUGAAGUCCACUACCGGAUUCUGUUUGACCGGUUUGGCACUCCAGAUCGUUUCCCUCGCUAUGUUUACACUCGUGGCACAGCUCGCUCUGUAACCCUUCGAGAACUCAGCUCAGAUGUGACCUACGUGGUGUGCGUGGAGGGAGUAGUCGGAGGAUCUGUGUGUCAGGUUGCACCCCGUGACCACUGUGCAGGGCUGGUCACUCUCCCCGAGGGAUUCAGCCGCAGAGGCGUGCUGACCUCUGACCUCCAGCUGGUGACGGUGGCCACGCUGGCCGGGAACGCCGUGCUACUGCUUGUCAUUGGCGGGGUCUGGUUGGGGCGGAGCCUGAAGAAGAGGUUGCAGAGGAGGAAGUCGGCAGUGCACGUGCGGCACAUGUACUCCACCAGGCGACCAUUUCGUCCCACCAUGGCGACUGCCUCGGUGUCCACUGACUUCACCAGCUACCAAAGCAAUCGACCAGCACGACUUGCUCCACUAGAGGAAGGGGACCUCAUUGAGUUUCCUUGUGACCGCUUUCUGGACAGCAGCAGUGUUCGCAGAGACAGUGACAUGCAGAGAUUCUCUGACUAGAGCCAUAGAAACGAAAAAUGUUCCUGUUGUACAACAGGAAGACGUGAAUUGGUUUGUGCAGCAAUCUUUGGUCUAGCCUUUAAAGUACAGAAAAUACACGCUGCAGUGUCACAUUAAGAACAUGGGUGUGUUUGUGGCUGUGAACAAACCAAGUCAACAAUCCCACCAUUUUGUGUUUUGGUUUUUUAUUUGACCACAAGGAAGCUUUUAAAGUCACAAUAGAACAGCUGAGCUCAUCAGUGCCUUUUCAGACACCAGAGGAAGUCCAGUCCCUGUGACUUCCUCUUCCUGCUUUGCGCCUUUCCUCUUUAAUUUCCUUGAACCUGCGAGUGUUUCUAAAUGUGUGAUUUGUUGUGAUUGCCAGUGUGCACGCAUGAAUGAUUCAUCACUGAUUUCAACUAUGGUGCUAAUAUUGAGUUCAUAGACAUCAUAUUGUCUCAUUUGUACAGUGUGUAAUGAUGGCUGCUGGUUGGCAGGAAAAAAACCCACUUGUUUUGUAUCACGUCUAUUAUGUUUUAUACUUUUAUAUAUAAUAUUUCAUUACAUGAAGAAGUAAAAUCCCCAACAAUGUGA